UUGAGGUCAAUUGUGAAGCAUGAACCAGAAGUCAAGGAGUGAGAGUUAGAGGAGGAAAAGGUGGACAAGGACGAGGAAGGACAGUUGUCCCUAGGGCUACAUUGGUUGACCAUGUGCUACAAGGGAGGCUGGGCAGAGAGUUCAGCUACCUGAGCCGCUAGGAUGCAUCUUUCAUCCGUACAUUCAGAAAUGAGAACCAAGCGGCACAGCCAUGAGCCAGCCGAGCUCCCCGUCCUCCAGACCCGCGCUGACAUUUUGCCCGUCCCCCUAACACCAGCACCACGCCACCAUGAAGAGGCAAAACGUGAGGACCCUCGCCCUCAUUAUCUGCACCUUCACUUACCUGAUUGUCGGCGCCGCGAUCUUCGACGUGCUGGAAUCCCGGAAGGAGACGACCCAGAGGAGGGAGCUGCAACAGAAGAAAGAGAAGCUGCUCAAGACCUUUAACCUGUCCACGGAGGACUUUGACGAGCUGGAGAAUGUGGUGCUGGAGCUCAAGCCGCACAAAGCCGGGAUGCAGUGGAAAUUCGCCGGCUCGUUUUACUUCGCCAUCACUGUGAUCACCACCAUUGGAUAUGGCCAUGCAGCCCCUAGCACAGAUGGAGGGAAGGUGUUCUGCAUGCUUUACGCCGUCCUGGGCAUCCCGCUCACCUUGGUCAUGUUCCAGAGCGUGGGUGAGCGGAUCAACACCUUCGUCAGGUACCUGCUCCACCGCCUGAAGAAGUGCCUUGGCAUGAGACGGACUGAGGUCUCCAUGGUCAACAUGGUGAUCAUCGGCUUCAUAUCCUGCAUGAGCACACUGUGCUUGGGGGCGCUGGCCUUCUCACACUUUGAGGGAUGGAGCUUCUUUCAUGCUUACUACUACUGCUUCAUCACGCUCACCACCAUCGGCUUUGGGGACUACGUAGCGCUGCAGAAUGAGCACGCUCUGCAGAACAAGCCGGAGUAUGUGGUCUUUAGCUUCAUCUACAUCCUGACGGGCCUGGCUGUGAUCGGAGCCUUCCUCAACUUGGCAGUGCUGCGGUUCAUGACCAUGAACGCCGAGGAUGAGAAGAGGGAUGCUGAGCAGAGGGCUCUCCUCGCUCAUAACGGUCAGGCGGGUGGACACAUUCACUGUUCCGUAGACCAGGCCUCCUCCUCCUCCACACCAUCCGUGUGCGGCGGAGGAAGCGCAGUUGAAGGGAUUGGGGGUGGGUCGGGGAGCCGAGGUCUACGUAACGUUUAUUCCGAAGUGCUCCACUUCCAAUCCAUGUGCUCUUGCCUUUGGUACAAGAGUAGAGAGAAGCUGCAAUACUCCAUACCCAUGAUCAUCCCACGUGACCUCUCCACUUCGGACACCUACAUGGAGCAUGGAGAGGCUUUUUCCAACACACUGCACUCUAACGGCUGCGUGUGCAGCAUGCAGCGCCACUCAGGCAUCAGCUCAGUUUCCACUGGUCUGCACAGCAUUAACACCUACAGAAGACUCAAGAAACGCAGAAGCUCCAUCUAAACCUGGAGGACUUCAUCCUUUAAAAUCGAGUCCUACCUUCUACUGUGGUACUAGAUUAUCUGAGGACAUCAGGGAAGCACAACUCCAGCCCUAAAGACACAGUACUCCAGAUGUGUGCUUCUUUCUGGCAAGAGCCUGCUGCUGUCUCCAGACUCAUGUAUUUAACAUCCAUUAUCUCAGCACAAACCAUUUAGGGAUAGCAUAGUAACUGAUGUCACUGAGAAAUAAUGUUAAUGGUUGUUUGAGAAGCAUUCAUUACACAAACUCUGAGACUGUUGCUGUUAGAAGACAGGGGAAAAACACACGUGUGCAGCUCUCUCUGCACUUCUGAAUUCCAAUAUUAAAUGUCAUAAUAUUGAAUUCAGUAUUUUCUUUGUUCAUAAGACAGAAUUUCAUGUUCUAAUAUAUAUAAAGGGACAAAGUACACUGUGAGACAUGUUUUCAAGAGGGAUUGUAUAUAAUGCCCCGCUAUGAAGAAAUAUUUUAUUGAAAAAUCCACUUUUUCCAAAAAGACUCUUAAUCUUUGCUUGUAAGAAUUAUACUCACCGCAGUGAAAUUGAAAGGUGUAUAUAUUUGGACACUUAACUUGUAGGUGUUGAGGGUUGAGGGAAAGCUUAUUUUUACAGUGAAAGAUUUAAAUAUAUAUAUUCUCAGUGUCUUCUUCUGUGCGUCUGUAACUAAAGUGCAGGUUCAAGCCAAA